AUGUCAUACUGGCCAGUCACCGAUUGGACGGCGGCCCUGGACUUGGUUUAUGGUGUCACGAGUGAUGACACGUCUCGUAGAUGCAGUUGCCUGGUGCUCCGGUGGAAGAUGCGGCUUCUCUCCCUCCUCCUGUUCCACACCCUGGUCUGGCCCAUGCACAGCACGAAGGGCAGCUGCGAUGCAGUCUGUGGGCGCCGCCCCCUGGCGUCUGGCUACGGCGGGAUGCGGAUCGUGGGUGGCGUAGAUGCUCUGCCGGGGGCCUGGCCCUGGCUUGUCAGCAUCCAGAUCCCCACCCGAAUGGGCCCCCGGCAUUCCUGUGGCGGGUCCCUCGUCAGCCCCCGCUGGGUCCUCACAGCCGCUCACUGCUUCAAAGCCAAGAGAAGGCUGCUCCCGCAGUGGCGUGUUGUGGUCGGUGCGUCCCAGCUAUCCCAGCGUGGCCCCGAGGCCCAGGUGCGCUCCAUCAAACAGGUGGUGCUGCACGAGCGCUACGAGCCGCGCAUGGAGAGCAAUGACAUCGCUCUGCUGGAGCUCGAGCAGCCCAUCGAGUGCAAUGACUACGCACAGCCCGCCUGCCUGCCCAGUGCCAUGGCGGAGGUGUCGAACCUGUCCCACUGCUACAUCAGCGGCUGGGGAGUCACGCAGGAGACAUCCCUGGAAACAGCCGACAUCCUGCAGGAGGCCAAGGUGCAUCUCAUUGACAUCACGACCUGUAACAGCAGCCGCUGGUACAACGGGGCCAUCGCCAGCAACAACCUGUGUGCAGGGUACGAGCAAGGAGGCAUCGACAGCUGCCAGGGCGACAGCGGUGGCCCCCUCAUGUGCACAAAGGAAAGGUCAAAGCGCUUCUGGGUUAUUGGAGUCACCAGCUGGGGGCUGGGCUGCGCCAAGGCACAGAGGCCGGGGGUCUACAGCUCCACUCAGCACUUUCAUGACUGGAUCUUGGGGAAAGUCAGGCCCAGGCCCAGAACAAGGACAGGCCCCUGCCCGUCAGCCCAGAGCAGUCUGUCUGACUUCUUCAGGAAGCUCAACGAGUUCCUACAGGGCCUGAAGGGAAAGGGGACUUGA